AUGCGUAGAAGAGGUGAGGAACUUAUAGAAACACCAAAUCUCAUUCUCACUUUUGAUAGACCCAAUCUACCUAAUAAAAUUAAAGCUGCCUUCUACCACCUUGAUGUUCGCCCUUACUACCCAAGCCCUUUGCGGUGUUUCAAAUGCCAGAAAUUUGGUCAUACAUCCCAGAAAUGUCCUAAUACCGAAAUGUGUACUUGUGGUCAACCCAAUCACCCAGGAGAGCCGUGCAAUGAACAUAAGAAAUGUAUCAACUGUGAAGGACAGCAUGCUGCUGAUUCUAGAGAAUGUCCGCGGAUGAAGGAAGAAAUUGUCAUCCAAAGAGUGAGGACGCUAGAAAAAAUUAGUUAUCUGGAGGCAAAAAGGAAAGUAAUUAGCUCAUCUCCCCGGGUGUCAUACGCUCAAGUUACCGCUACCCCAAGUGCUACAGUUAAUAAACUUGUUGAAGAACUCCUUCCUCUGCUUUCAAAGACGAUAGAAACACAGAUUAAACAAACCUUUGAUAAAUUUGUAAAUAGACCAGUACGGACAUUGACACCUUUAAAUCUACCUCCUCCUAACCAAUACCUAUCGGAUACGUCUACUCAACCAUCUCUUUCAGAAAAGAGGAAACGUACUGUUAUCCAAAAGGAUAAUGCGGAUGAUACCGCAGACGAUACUGACGAAAGCUUCUCGUCACAAGCCAGCGGAACAUCCUCACUUGCUAAGAAAAAAAAGGGAUGGCCGAAGGGAAAACCCAGAAAGCCUCCAGAUGAUAAGACGAUUAGUUCCGAUGUAAUUGAUCUCAACUAG